GCGCGCGGAGCCGCCCGGGGGGAUGGUGCCCUGGGCGAGCGGGUGCUUUGGGGGCCUCCCACGUUAGUGGCCUGUUGGAGGCGGAGCGGCCUGGUGCCGGCCCAGGCUGGGCUGGGCACCGCUCUCCUGCGGGGGGGCGCUGCUGGCUCGUGCUUGUGUUAAUAGCGGUCAGUACAGCACUGGCCGGUUAGCUCGUGGGGUCUCAUGCCAUGCGUCUUCUCCAGACCCUUCCUGGGGUGGUCGUCAUGCCUGGUCAGGGUGGUACCUCCUGUCUGAGGCAUCUGAUGCUUCUCUCUGUCUGAGGCACUAAAUAGCCUGAGAGCAAGCUACUCUGUGGACCUUAUACUACUGAUGGCACUGUCUUCUGUGAGAGGAAAAGAUUGCUUCAUUUUUCACUGUCACUAGUUCACUGAUUCUCAACUGAGUGGCCACGAGAGUAUUUUGAGGGUGCUGAACCACCCAGUCCUUGUAUAAGGAGCUGGAAAAUGGGUGACAAUGAUGAUGAUAUCCCUCAGCUUUCAUCCCAUACUCUAGCUGCCCUGCAGGAGUUUUAUAUAGAACAACAGCAGAGAGAGGGCAUGAAGACCUCUGAAGAUUUUAAUCAUUAUUCUGUUGGCUCAGUUGAGGAGGACUGGCAACUGAGCCAGUUUUGGUACAAUGAUGAGACUGCAUCAUGCCUGGCUAAUGAAGCUGUUUUGGCAGCUGGAAAAGGUGGCAGGAUAGCGUGCAUUAGUGCACCAAGUGUUUAUCAGAAACUAAAAGAACAACAUGGCAAAGAUUUUUCAGUGUGUAUCCUGGAGUAUGACAAAAGAUUUUCUGUAUAUGGAGAGGAAUUUAUCUUCUAUGACUAUAGUAAUCCUUUGAAUUUACCUGAAAAUGUCCUGCCACACAGUUUUGACAUAGUAAUAGCAGAUCCACCCUAUCUGUCUAAGGAGUGCCUCAGUAAAACAGCGGAGACCAUCAAAUACUUAACAAAAGGAAAGGUUCUGCUUUGUACAGGUGCCAUCAUGGAGGAGCAUGCAGCAAGGCUUCUUGGUGUGAAGAUGUGCAAAUUCAUUCCAAAACAUACUCGAAACUUAGCCAAUGAAUUUCGAUGUUAUGUGAAUUAUGAUUCUGGACUAGACUGAUUCAACUGUUUGGAGUGUACAAAAGAAAAGUAUCAAGUAUUUUUCAAUCAAGCUCAUUUUUACUUUUCUUGGUGAUGUUUGCGUUCUUCAUUGCUUUAUUAAAGGUGCCACACCAAGUAAUGGUUUCUGAGCUAGCUGUAGUCAAUGAACUGUGACAGCCUCUGUCAUCUGCAAACGAUUUUUCACCCUACGUUAUAAAUGGAUGGGGUUUGGACGGCUCAAGUGACUUGUUAAUGGGAGUUUUUCUGUUAGAACUGGAAUCGUGCCUGGUAGCCUCUACAGCGCGAGAACUAUUGGGCCUUGGCAGCAGUCCAGUUUCUUGUGUGGAGAUGCCUGCCUGUCUCAGAAAUUGCCAACACCGUUUGUGUUAGCUAGUGGUCUCAGUAGCCAGCCAAAUUAAUUAACUUUUCACCCGUAGGUGUGGUUUGUCCAUAACAGGACUGGGAGCAGUCUGUAUGUUCUGUGUCCCAUAUGGGUCAGUUUUGUCAACUUUCUUGAAUCCUAUUAUAUUGUGUGGGGGAAAUAGUUGUUAUGGAUUAAUGAUUUAAAAACAAAUUGGAGAGGCAUUUUCAGAAGUUGAACUAGCUACAUAGACUUUCACCUUCAAAUUAAUUUGCACGUAAGGAAAAAUAUUUUGAUAUUUGCAGCUAUUGAUUUUCAUGGAAAUGUGUUCAUUUUGACAUAUCAGCAAAAGCUCAUCAUCGGUUAGUUCUUGAUUGUUGUUUUUUUUUCCACCUUACCAUGGAUCCACGCUUCCUUUCUGAUUUAUUAACUGUUCCAGCCAGAAAUUCUGGCCACGGGGCUGUGUGGUGGUCUGCAGUUUGCCAGGCCAUGGCUGCUUCUGGUCCGCAGUUUGCCGGGCCAUGGUAUAAAAAGGUUGGGAACUGCUGUACUAGGGUAUAAUAGACUCUAUUGACAAAAUUGUACUAUGGAAUUGACAAACAUGAGAUUUAAUUUUUGGGGUUCUGGCUGUUCUACCAAGUGAGGAAUGUUUUGAUGAAAUAUUUAUUAUAAAUAGAAAUUUUUGGUCAUUUGGAGGACAUGAGAAGCCAAUUUUAUCUGACUCUUUGGUGAGACUAUUGCUUUAUUUUGGGUGAAAGCUAGUACAAAAAUCACAAAGCACUCAAUAGUUCAUCAGCUGUGAAUGUACAUAUGUUUUUGUGCAUGCACACACAUUUAUAUUUUAUAAAUAGGAACGUAAAUGAAGCAAUACUGAAAGAACUGCCAAGGCUACAGAUUCAGACACUCAGAAGUUACGAUUAUGGUUGGCAGUGCAACCUUAAUUCAUCUCCCCUUGUGUAUUUGCAUUGUAAUAGCUCUCAGUUGCAUGCAGACUCCUUGUCUCAAUAGCGCUACAAGAAAAAAACUGUUCCUAUAGCAAUGCCCAAUUUAAUUGUUACCUUGAGCACCUCCAGAUUACUUAUAAAAUCUGCCCAUAUUUGUCAUAUAUCUGCCCAUAUAUUAGAGUUAGAUACCAAAUCUUAGUCUUUGGUACUUCUUGUGUGACAGUAAUGAUAGGCCCAACCUUGGUACACAGCCUUAGUUAGUGUUAGUAAAAGAGAAUUUUAGUCAAAUAAUUUGGGGGUAGUGAAGAAGUUAAUAAACAUUCCAACAAUCAUUUUAAUGUUUAAAAAGUGAUAUUAUAAUAGUAAUAAUGGUUGAGUGCCUCUUAGGCCUGCCCCGUUCUGAUCAGGUGACUCCCCCAGCUACCCACAGGUGUUUUCUAAUUAGGCUUGCUGCCUGGCUUCCAGUGUAGCCUACUGCUGCUGGUCUAGGGACUGCAGCACGGUCCCUGCUACCCCAAGCAGGGCUCUGCCCUGCUGAAAACCU